GGGACAGCUGGGCUUUGUAGUCAGGCACAUUAACAGUACAACGUGGUGGGAUGAGCAUCUUUCUGAAGAGAAUGUCCAGUUCCUCAGGAAGAUGACUGCAGAGGAAUACAAAGCUCAGACAGCCAGCAAGCUAUGUCCCCUGAAAGAUGAACCAUGGCCACUGAAUGAAUGGAAACCAGAUUCUAUCAGAGUUGGUGUUGUUGCAGUAAAACUGGGAAUGAUGCCAAUAUGGACCAAGUCAGGAGAAAGACAUGCUGUCACACUACUUAAGGUGCAAGAUUGCCAUGUUUUAAAAUACAUUUCAAAGGAAGAGUCAGGUGGAAAAACAUCUAAGCUACUUGUUGGAGGCAAAAACGUAUCUCCUUUUUCUAGAUCAGAGUCUGCGAUGGAAAUUUUCAGAGAAGCUGGAGUACCACGGAAGCAGAAAAUUACAACAUUUAAUGUAACUGAUGAUGCCAUAAUUAAACCAGGUACUCCUUUGUAUGCUGCUCACUUCCGCCCAGGGCAGUUCGUGGAUGUUACUGCAAAAACAAUCGGUAAAGGAUUUCAAGGUGUCAUGAAAAGGUGGGGAUUUAAAGGCCAGCCUGCUACCCAUGGCCAGACGAAAACUCACAGACGUCCUGGAGCAAUAUCUACCAAUAAAGCUGCCAAAGUUUAUCGCGGAAAGAAAAUGCCUGGUAAAAUGGGUAACAUCUAUAGGACAUCUUAUGGACUAAAGGUGUGGAGGAUCAACACAAAACAUGACAUUAUUUAUGUAAAUGGGUCUGUGCCGGGUCACACAAAUUGUCUGGUGAAGGUCAAAGAUAGCAAAUUGCCUACUUACAAGGACCACAAUAAAAACCCUCCAUUCCCUACGUUUUUUGCUGAUGGAGAUGAAGAAUUACCAGAAGACUUGUUUGAUGAGGAGAUCUUCCAGUUCACGGAUCCAUCUGUCACAUAUUCAUAAUGUUCUUCACAUCUUUGAAAAAUCACAAUUUUGAUAUUUUCACGAACUUUGCAAUGCUGUAUAAGAGUAAACUUAUGAACUGCAGUCUGGGCAAUAGACUUGAACACUUCACGUAUUGCCAUUUUGGUCAGAUAAUAAGAUUUACCACUGUCUAUUUCAAACCUGUAUUUAAAGCAGCAGGUAAGUCUGAGGUGCAAGUUGUAAAGCACACCAAGUGCUUUUUCUACAGUGAUCUUUUGCCCUCUGUCACAGGCUGUGAAGUGUUAAGCAUUGCUGAAAAUCUGUUGUUUAGAAGAUAGUUCAAUUUAAUUUUCUGAA